AGUCUCUGCCAGGAUCCAUGCUCACAUGUUACUUCCUGUAUGGAGGCAUGGCCAGUUUCCAGCCCCGCGCUCCUCGUUCCUCCCCAGCCUGCGCUGGAGCCACAACUUUCAGGAGCAUGGACUGAAGGCGCCCUCGCCCCAGCGCCCCUCUGAGAUCCUUUGUGUUUUCCUCCGUUUCCUCCGGCCGUUUCUAUUUUGGGGGGGCUCUUCGCUCCCCCCGCCUCUCCCCUCCCCUUCCCCGCUCGCAAACAUGCCUCCUUCCUUCCCCGGGCCCUGGAAGGAGCUGCCUGCUUGAAGCCCGAAGACGCCGCGCCGCGCUCAGCCCCACCGCCGCCCGCCGGCUCUCGGGCUGCGCUGCGCCGCCGACUCAAGUUGGGGAUCUUCGGCUGCUCGCCGCCGCCGCUUGCGGUCCCUGCCUGCCCCGGGCCCCGGGCAUCGUCGCCGCCCGCCGAUUCCUCGCCCUGCUCGCUCGGCUUGCUCUUUUUUGAACGGAAAGCAGCCCUUCUCCACCGAGGAUCGUCCCCAGCGUGGCUCCGCGUUCCCGGUCACUUUUUGAGAUUUUUCCGGGGGGCGCUCGGCGGCUUCCCGGAUUCCAGGGGGACUCGGGCCGCCGAGCGCGGGGGGCCCGUAGAGCGGGCGAGCAGGGGAAGAGCCAGGGUUUAGCGGAGGCUCACACGGAGACAAGAACUUAUUCAACAAGUUUACCCCCCUGCCUUCUUCUUUUCGAUGUGCGUUUUCGGACAUGCGGAGGUUACUGGAACCGUGUUGGUGGAUUUUGUUCCUGAAAAUCACCAGUUCCGUGCUCCAUUAUGUCGUGUGCUUCCCCGCCUUGACGGAAGGCUACGUUGGGGCCCUGCAUGAGAACAGACACGGCAGCUCAGCGCAGAUCCGCAGGCGCAAGGCUUCAGGCGACCCGUACUGGGCCUACUCAGGUGCCUAUGGUCCUGAGCACUGGGUCACGUCUAGUGUCAGCUGCAGGGGCCGUCACCAGUCUCCCAUAGACAUUUUAGACCAGCAUGCGCAGGUCGGCGAAGAGUACCAGGAGCUGCAGCUGGAUGGCUUCGACAGUGAGUCUUCUAACAAAACCUGGAUGAAAAACACAGGGAAAACAGUUGCCAUCCUCCUAAAGGACGACUAUUUUGUCAGUGGUGCCGGCCUGCCUGGCAGAUUCAAAGCCGAGAAGGUGGAAUUUCACUGGGGACACAGCAAUGGCUCGGCGGGCUCUGAACACAGCAUCAACGGCAGGCGCUUUCCUGUGGAGAUGCAGAUUUUCUUUUAUAAUCCAGACGACUUUGACAGCUUUCAAACUGCAAUUUCUGAAAACAGAAUAAUCGGAGCCAUGGCCAUAUUUUUUCAAGUCAGUCCAAGGGACAAUUCCGCACUGGAUCCUAUUAUCCAUGGGUUGAAGGGCGUCGUACAUCAUGAGAAGGAGACCUUUCUGGACCCUUUCGUCCUCCGGGAUCUCCUGCCUGCGUCCCUGGGGAGCUAUUACCGGUACACGGGUUCUCUGACCACCCCGCCGUGUAGCGAAAUUGUAGAGUGGAUCGUCUUCCGGAAGCCUGUCCCCAUCUCUUACCAUCAGCUCGAGGCUUUUUACUCCAUCUUCACUACAGAGCAGCAAGACCACGUCAAGUCGGUGGAGUAUCUGAGAAAUAACUUCCGACCACAGCAAGGUCUGAAUGACAGGGUGGUGUCCAAGUCUGCGGUCCGCGACGCCUGGAACCACGACAUGACGGACUUCUUAGAAAACCCACUGGGGACAGAAGCCUCUAAAGUUUGCAGUUCUCCGCCCAUCCACAUGAAGGUGCAGCCUCUGAACCAGACGGCGCUGCAGGUGUCGUGGAGCCAGCCGGAGACCAUCUACCACCCGCCCAUCAUGAACUACAUGAUCUCCUACAGCUGGACCAAGAACGAGGACGAGAAGGAGAAGACGUUCACGAAGGACAGCGACAAGGACUUGAAAGCCACCAUUAGCCACGUGUCACCUGAUAGCCUUUACCUGUUCCGAGUCCAGGCCGUGUGUCGGAAUGACAUGCGCAGUGACUUCAGCCAGACAAUGCUCUUUCAAGCUAAUACCACUCGAAUAUUCCAAGGGACCAGAAUUGUUAAAACAGGAGUGCCCACGGCGUCUCCUGCCCCGUCGGCUGACAUGGCCCCCAUCAGCUCGGGGUCUUCGACCUGGACCUCCUCCGGCAUCCCCUUCUCAUUUGUCUCCAUGGCGACUGGGAUGGGCCCGUCCUCCAGCGGCAGCCAGGCGACCGUGGCCUCGGUGGUCACCAGCACGCUCCUGGCCGGCCUGGGCUUCAGCGGCGGCGGCAUCCCCUCCUUCCCCAGCACCGUGUGGCCCACGCGCCUGCCGACGGCCGCCUCGGCCAGCAAGCAGGCCGUCAGGCCCGUCCUGGCCACCACGGAGGCCUUGGCUCCCCCGGGCCCCGACGGCGACCCGGCCCCGACCGAGGACAGCGAGGGCGCGGAGGAAGGGGAGGAUGAGAAGAGCGAGAGUGAAGAUGGGGAGCGAGAGCACGAGGACGAGGGAGAGAAGGACGCCGAGAAGAAGAAGAGCCGGCCGAGCCACGCCGCCCAGGAGCCGCGUCAGGACGAGCCCACCUCCACCCCGUCUCCCAGCGGGACCGCCGAGGACGGCGGGCGUCAGACUCUGCCCGGGCCCGGGCGGGACCCCACCGCGGCCCCCACACACCAGCCCGAUGCCGCGGGGGGCGCCCGCCCGGGCCUGGACGCCGGCCCGGCCACCGCCACCCCGGGGCCCCCCACGGCCACAGAGGAGCGCUUCGAAGGGAGCGACCCCAGGAGGCCCCAGACGCCGUCAAAAAAGCCCAUGUCCCGAGGGGACCGAUUUUCCGAGGAUAGCAAAUUUAUCACGGUUAAUCCAGCAGAAAAGAACACCUCUGGAAUGAUAAGCCGUCCUUCUCCAGGGAGGAUGGAAUGGAUCAUCCCUCUGAUUGUGGUCUCAGCCUUGACCUUCGUGUGCCUCAUGCUUCUCAUUGCUGUGCUAGUUUAUUGGAGAGGGUGUAACAAAAUAAAGUCCAAGGGCUCUCCCAGACGUUUCCGUGAAGUGCCUUCUUCUGGGGAGAGAGGAGAGAAGGGGAGCAGAAAAUGUUUUCAGACAGCUCAUUUCUACGUGGAAGAUAGCAGUUCCCCUCGGGUGGUCCCCAAUGAAAGUAUCCCUGUGAUUCCUAUUCCGGAAUAUGUGUUGACCUCUGGAAAAUGCCUAGGAGCUUCUCUCUCCUCUGAACUGAGUCAUCUGACAGACACAGCUGAUGACAUGGAAGCCAUUCCUGUCAAACAGUUUGUUAAACACAUUGGUGAGCUCUAUUCUAAUAACCAGCAUGGGUUCUCCGAGGAUUUUGAGGAAGUCCAACGCUGUACGGCCGAUAUGAACAUCACUGCAGAACAUUCCAAUCAUCCAGAUAACAAGCACAAAAACAGAUACAUCAACAUUUUAGCAUAUGAUCACAGUAGGGUGAAGUUAAGACCUUUACCAGGAAAAGACUCUAAGCACAGUGACUACAUUAAUGCAAACUACGUCGAUGGUUACAACAAAGCGAAAGCCUAUAUCGCCACCCAGGGACCUUUAAAGUCUACAUUUGAAGAUUUCUGGAGGAUGAUUUGGGAACAAAACACUGGAAUCAUUAUCAUGAUUACGAAUCUUGUGGAAAAAGGAAGACGAAAAUGUGAUCAGUAUUGGCCAACAGAGAAUAGUGAGGAGUAUGGAAACAUUAUUGUCACACUGAAGAGCACAAAAGUACACGCCUGCUACACUGUUCGUCGUUUUUCAGUCAGAAAUACAAAAGUGAAAAAGGGUCAGAAAGGAAAUCCCAAGGGUCGUCAGAAUGAAAGGGUCGUGAUCCAGUAUCACUACACUCAGUGGCCUGACAUGGGAGUUCCUGAGUAUGCCCUCCCCGUCCUGACCUUCGUGAGGAGAUCCUCGGCAGCCCGGACACCAGAAAUGGGCCCUGUGUUGGUGCACUGCAGCGCUGGUGUGGGCAGGACCGGCACCUACAUUGUAAUAGACAGCAUGCUGCAACAGAUAAAGGACAAAAGCACAGUAAACGUCCUGGGAUUCCUGAAGCACAUCAGGACACAGCGUAACUACCUCGUCCAGACUGAGGAGCAGUACAUUUUCAUCCAUGAUGCCUUGUUGGAAGCCAUUCUAGGAAAGGAGACCGAAGUAUCCUCUAAUCAGCUGCAUAGCUAUGUUAACAGCAUCCUCAUACCAGGAGUAGGAGGAAAGACACGGCUGGAGAAACAGUUCAAGCUGGUCACACAAUGUAAUGCCAAGUAUGUGGAGUGCUUUAGUGCUCAGAAAGAGUGUAACAAAGAAAAGAACCGAAACUCUUCCGUCGUGCCAUCCGAGCGUGCCCGAGUGGGUCUUGCACCGUUGCCUGGAAUGAAAGGAACAGAUUACAUUAAUGCUUCUUAUAUCAUGGGCUAUUAUAGGAGCAAUGAAUUUAUUAUAACCCAGCAUCCUCUGCCACAUACUACGAAAGAUUUCUGGCGAAUGAUUUGGGAUCAUAAUGCACAGAUCAUUGUCAUGCUGCCAGACAACCAGAGCUUGGCAGAAGAUGAGUUUGUAUACUGGCCAAGUCGAGAAGAAUCCAUGAACUGUGAGGCCUUUACCGUCACCCUUAUCAGCAAAGACAGACUGUGCCUCUCUAAUGAAGAACAAAUUAUCAUCCAUGACUUUAUCCUUGAAGCUACACAGGAUGACUACGUCCUAGAGGUUCGGCACUUCCAGUGUCCCAAAUGGCCUAACCCAGAUGCCCCCAUCAGCAGUACUUUCGAACUUAUCAACGUCAUCAAGGAAGAGGCCUUAACAAGGGAUGGCCCCACCAUUGUUCAUGAUGAGUAUGGAGCAGUUUCAGCAGGAAUGUUGUGUGCCCUUACCACCCUGUCCCAGCAACUGGAGAAUGAAAAUGCUGUGGAUGUUUUCCAGGUUGCAAAAAUGAUUAAUCUUAUGAGGCCUGGAGUAUUCACAGACAUUGAACAAUACCAGUUUGUCUAUAAAGCAAUGCUCAGCUUGGUCAGCACUAAAGAAAAUGGAAAUGGUCCCAUGACAGUGGACAAAAAUGGUGCUGUUCUCAUUGCAGAUGAAUCAGAUCCUGCCGAGAGCAUGGAAUCUCUGGUGUGAUUGGAAUCCUGAAAGGGCACUUAAUUUGUAAAACUUCUGAAGACUGAGAACUUUUUUGAGGCCUUUUUUGCCAGACUCUAGGUUAUACAAUAACCCAGUUACUUUUUUACACUGAUAAAAGUUUUGAUAUUUAUUUUUUGCCAUUUUAUGUCUUAAUGGUAUCCUACUGAGCAUUUGCACCUCUGUUCAUUUCACACAGUGAAACGCAGUUUUCCCUAGUUUGCACUAUAUGAUCAGUGUUACUGCCUAUAAUCUAAUACUAAAGCAAGCCCUGAUGUGACAUUCCAUGACAACAUACAUGCUACUUUUUAGUUCAGUACAAUGAAGGUCUUUGUUAUGACAGUGGAUCUUGGUUUAUUAUUAUUAUUAUUGUUAUUAUUAUUAUUGCUAGAGCAGUUGCAUCCUCCUAGCAGGCAAUGCUGAGCUUUUCCUCAGUCAUCUCCUAUUUUUUUCAGGCACUGCUCCAUGCUGUCUGCCUUCUGUAUUUUAAUGGAGUGAAUGGGCAUUGUGUUCUUUUAAGGAGUAGCAGGUUCCUGGGAGCUACUAAGACAGUCUAUCAACCUCAUGGCCUUGAAACAGUUCCAUUUAUGAUGGUGAAGGUAUCCAUUAAGAAAUUAGAAGGCUUUAAGAACUUUAUGUGAACAUCACUUAUUAGUUAAAGUUAUACUCAUAGCCUAAAAAAAUGCCCAACUGUGUCAAAAUAAAGGAUAUCUCUGUAUUACAAUUUUCACAGUA